GCAUGCGCCAAGGGUGCGCCCACCCUCAGUGCCAGCCAAGCCGCUGACGCAAGGCACGGUGCAGGCUGAGUCAGCGAAGCCGAACCUGCCUCCGGGUUCGGAGCAGCGAGGCGUUCUCGCGGCCUCGGCACAGACACCGGCUCACAGGCGGACGCAGGCUGCAGCAUAACAUCCCAUCCUUCUGGAGGACGUGGAAGGGAAAUGGUUGCCAUGGAGACAGUUCAGGGGCUGGUGACUUUCAAGGAGGUGGCUGUGUAUUUCACCAAAGAAGAGUGGGCUCUGCUGGACCCUGCUCAGAGAGCCCUCUACAGAGACGUCAUGCAGGAGAACUAUGAGAAUGUCACCUCGUUGGGGUUUCCAGUUUCCAAAUCUGAUGUCAUCUCCCAGCUGGAACGAGGGGAAGAGCCGAGGGCCCCAGAUCUCCAGGGCUCAGAGGAAAGAGAAAUCCUGAGAGGCAGCUGCACAGGUGAUGGGAUUGUGAGUAAGACCAUGGAGCAGAAUCUUCAGCAGGAAGAUGAUGAGCAAGGGGAAUCACAUGGGGUAUUAUUGCAAAGAUGCAAGGGGAGUGUGUCCAGGAGCUGUGAGCAGGGAAAAGCCUUUGAGAGUCAGUACAGGCCAGAGAAGUGGCAGGGAAACCAGCCAAGGCAGAAAGUUGGUAAAUCUGUUAAUUAUCGGGGAACUCACAAAGGCCUCAAGGAAACCACGGCCCAGCAGAGAAUCCUGAUGGGAGAGAGAAAUAACACAUGCGUUGAGUGUGGGAAAAAGCUCAGUAGGCGCUCAAGCCUUAUUAGACAUCUGAGACUCCAUGCAGGAGAACAACCCUAUGAAUGCUGUGAGUGCGGGAAAACCUUCACUCAAAGCUCACACUUUAUUAAACAUCAGAGGAGCCACAGGGGGGAGAAACCCUACAAAUGCUGUGAGUGUGGGAAAACCUUCGCUCGGAGCUCAGUCUUUAUUAACCAUCAGAGAAUCCACACAGGGGAGAAACCUUAUAAAUGCUGUCAGUGUGGGAAAACCUUCACACAGAGCUCAAACCUUAUUACACAUCAGAGGAGCCACACGGGGGAGAAACCCUAUGUAUGCUGUGAGUGCGGGAAAACCUUUGCUUGGAACUCAAACCUUACUAGACAUCAGAAGAUCCACACAGGGGAGAAACCCUGCUGUGAAUGUGGGAAAACCUUCACUAAUAGCUCAACCCUUAUUAAACAUCAGAGAAUCCACACAGGGGAGAAACCCUAUGAAUGCUGUGAGUGCCAGAAAACCUUCACUAAGCCCUCAACCCUUAUUGAACAUCAGAGGAUCCACACCGGGGAGAAACCCUAUGAAUGCUGUGAGUGCGGGAAAACCUUUGCUUGGCGUUCCACUCUUGUUACACAUCAGAGGAUCCACAGAGGGGAGAAACCCUAUGAAUGCUGUGAGUGUGGGAAAACCUUCACUCUGUCUGCAGACCUUAUAAGACAUCAGAGAAUCCACACAGGGGAGAAACCCUAUGAAUGCUGUGAGUGUGGGAAAACCUUCCCUCAGUGCUCAACCCUUACUGAACAUCAGAGGAUCCACACAGGGGAGAAACCCUAUGAAUGCUGUGAGUGUGGGAAAACCUUUGCUUGGAGCUCAAACCUUAUUACACACAGGAGGAUCCACACAGGGGAGAAACCCUAUGAAUGCUGUGAGUGCGGGAAAACCUUCGCUCGGAACUCACACCUUAGUAGACAUCGGAGAAGUCAUAUUCAAGAAUGACUGUAUGGA